UUCUAUAAAAUUUCAGCUACCGAGGUGGUUUCUGGUGUCUCAGGUGCAUCAGAAGAAAAUAUCAGGGAACUCUUCUCAAAAGCAUACAGGACUGCCCCAUCAAUUGUAUUCAUUGAUGAGAUUGAUGCUAUUGCAUCUAAAAGAGAAAAUCUGCAGAGGGAGAUGGAGCGCCGGAUUGUCACUCAGUUAAUGACUUGUAUGGAUGAGUCUCAUAGACUUGUGCAAUCAAGUGACAAAGAGUCAAAUUUGGAGAGCUCUGAUUCCAAACCUGGUUAUGUCCUUGUAAUUGGAGCUACCAAUAGGCCUGAUGCUGUUGACUCUGCACUACGGCGGCCUGGACGAUUUGAUCGUGAGAUUGUUCUUGGUGUUCCGGAUGAAAAUGCUAGGCAUGAGAUCCUUUCUGUGCUUACACGAAACCUUAGACUCGAAGGCUCUUUUGAUCUUUGGAAAAUAGCUAGGGCUACACCAGGGUUUGUUGGAGCAGAUUUGGCUGCCUUGGCCAACAAGGCUGGUAAUCUUGCCAUGAAGAGGAUCAUAGACCAAAGAAAGCAUGAGUUUUCUAGAGAAUCUAUUGAUGAGGAACAAGCUGAUGAGUGGUGGAGACAGCCUUGGUUGCCUGAGGAGAUGGAAAAGCUCACCAUUACUAUGGCUGAUUUUGAGGAAGCAGCUAAAAUGGUUCAACCCUCAUCAAGAAGAGAGGGAUUCUCUACAAUUCCAAAUGUUAAGUGGGAGGAUGUUGGUGGUCUUGAUUUCCUAAGGCAGGAAUUUGACCGUUACAUAGUUAGGCGCAUAAAAUUUCCUGAGGAUUAUGCGGAAUUCGGAGUGGACUUGGAGACAGGAUUUUUGCUUUAUGGACCACCAGGCUGU